ACGAAAAUGAAAAUUUGAAGUUUACUUGACACUUGCACGCUCGUUUAUUUGUCUCUGCUUGCACGUGUAAAAGUGGAAACAUUAUAAUUACGAAUUUCUGUAAAUAAAAACACCUUUAAAGAUGGUCCGAAAACUAAAGUUUCAUGAGCAGAAGUUGCUCAAAAAGGUUGACUUCAUAUCAUGGAAGGUCGACAAUAAUUUAAACGAAGUUAAAGUCAUGAAAAAAUACCAUAUUCAAAAGCGAGAGCAUUACACAAAGUAUAAUAAAUUAUCAAGAGACAUUAGAGAGCUAGCAAAUAAAAUAAAAGACCUAGAUUCAAACACUGAAUUUAGAACAGAGUCCAGUGCACAAUUACUAGAGAAACUGUAUCAAAUGGGGCUUAUACCGACGCGUUGGGAUCUUGCAUUGGCUGCUAAUGUGUCUGCGAGUUCGUUCUGCAGGAGAAGACUACCAGUCGUUAUGGUCAGAAGUAAGAUGUCCCAGAAUAUAAAGGAAGCCACAAAGUUCAUAGAGCAGGGUCAUGUCAGAGUUGGUCCAGAGGUGGUCAAGGACCCCGCAUUCCUUGUCACCAGAUCCCUGGAAGACUUCAUUACAUGGGUGGAUGGCUCUGCCAUUAGGAAACAUGUUCUUGAAUAUAAUGAAAUGAGAGAUGACUUUGAUAUGCUGUAGUUAUUAUAUUUACAUCAAUGUAUAUAUGUAAGACCUGUGUAAUGUAAUUGAAUGAUGCAAGUAUGUGAUAAUAAAUAAGAUUUAUAAUUUAAA